AUGGCGCCUCCCUCGCCUCCGGAAGCGGAAGCCGCCGCCGCUGCCGCUGCUGCUGCUGCUGCUGCUGCUGCUGCUGCUGCACCUGCAGCAGCAGCGCCGCUGCUGCCGCCGCCCGAAGUGGCCCCCUGGGCCCCCCCCGAGCGGCUGCUGCUGGGCCCUGGCCCCACGAACUUCUCGCCCGCAGUGCAGCAAGCCAUGGCGCAGCCGGCAGUGGGGUACCUGGACCCGAGUUUGCUGCUGCUGCUGCAGCAGGUGCAGCAGCUGCUGCAGUACGCCUUUCAAACCAAGAACGCAGCAACGCUGGCUGUCAGCGGCACCGGAUCUGCUGCUAUGGAAGCAGCAAUUGCCAAUCUUGUAGAGCCUGGAGACUCCGUCUUAGUGCUCAGCAGCGGCUACUUCGGGGCCCGUUUGGCGGAGAUGGCGCGGCGGCACGGCGCUGCUGUUGCUGCUGCUGAGGCCCCCUGGGGGCAGGUCUUCCCGCUGCAGCAGGUGGCGCUGCUGCUGCAGCAGCAGCAGCCGGCGCUGCUGUGCGUGGUGAUGGCCGAGACCUCCACGGGGGCCCUGCAGCCGCUGCAGGGCCUGGGGGCCCUCUGCUGCAGCAGCAACACUUUGCUGCUGGUGGACGCUGUCACAGGCCUGGGGACUUCGCCACUUUUCGUGGACUUGUGGCAGAUUGAUGUUUGCUUCAGCUGCAGCCAGAAGGGCCUCAGCUGCUGCCCGGGGGCCUCGCCCCUCACUGUGGGGCCCCGGGCCCUCCAGAAGGUCUUCUCCAGAAAAAGCCCCGUCCGCAGCUGGUACUUGGACCUCAAGCUGCUGCUGCAGUACUGGAACGGCACCCCCAGCAGCAGCAGCAGCAGCAGCAGCAGCAGCAGCAGCAGCAGCGGUGGUGGCGAGGGAGCGGCGGAAGCGGCGGCGAAGGAGGCCUGCAGCGCGCUGUGCUGCACCAGCAGCAGCAGCAGCAGCAGCAGCAGCAGCAGCAGCAGCAGCAGCAGGGUGUACCACCACACGCCGCCGGUGAGCGUGUUGUACGGGCUGCGUGCUGCGCUGCAGUGUCUUGCUGCAGAAGGUCUUGCUGCUGCUUGGGCGCGGCACGCAGCAGCAGCGCAGCACCUGGUCCAGGGGCUGCAGCAGCGGGGCCUUCAGGUGUACGUACACCCCGCGCACCACCGCAGCCCCGCACUCACUGCUGUCAAAGUACCCCCCGGAGUUGCUGCUGCUGCAGUUCGCGCAGCUUUGCUGCAGGAGGGGGUGGAGAUAGGCAGCGGGAUAGGCCCUUUGAGCAGCAAAGUCUGGAGAGUGGGGUUGAUGGGAUUUAAUGCCACCAAGGCCAACGCCGAGCGCUUGCUGCUGCUGCUCGACAAGCACCUCAAGCUGCCCAGCAGCAGCAGCAGCAGCAGCAGCAGCAGCGGCUGCAGCACCGCCUGCAGCAGCAGCACCGACGAACUCAACGCCUGA